AAAACCAGUGCCCGGCGCGUAUCGGACAACGGUGUCCGCACUGUACGCCGCCCGGCCGCCGCGUCUAGAGUAUGUGAUAUUGUUUAUUAUUGUUGUGAUCGCGGUAGUGCAGCAGUAGACACCACCGACACACUGUAUAUGUACCAACAGCGGCUGCGUCCGGUGUCGUAAUUUCGUUGCGUUUCCGGACGAUCAUGUCGUGCGGUGGCGACCGGUGUCGGCGGUCUCGUCGUCGUUAGUCGCGUGUGCCAGUGCCAGUGCGUUCGCGGUCGUCCGCCGUCGUACCAAUAAUAUUAUAAUAAUUAUUCGUCACGGGACCGCAAUAAUAAUGGGAAACUAUUGUUCGUCCAAACAAAAGGACGGCGGCAUCGCUGACGAGUGAGUAUACCCGAGUUAUAGGCACGCGCCAGCCGAGCGCGAGGCCCUGCGAGCACGGACCGCGGUCGGUACCUCCUAGUUAUCAGCUAUACCCAUUCACGUUUUCUCGGCUUGAGAGUUUACCCGGCACUUUGCCGUCCGCGUAUAUAGUAUUAAUUCAACGCGAGCACAUUAAUGAAACUCCACAGUGCUUGUACGCGAUACGAAUGUGCUCAGGUGUGAAUAACGGUAUUAUUUGGACAGCUGGUCCAGCGCGCGCCGGUAACGAUGACGGUACCUACAGUACGUACCUUUCCCCCUACCGCGUCCGUGCAACGUUUAUGGUGCGCCGGGUGGCGGGGAAUAACCCCUUUCGGUGCGUAGGGCGAAACGCCGUGGUGACCGCCCCGACUGACGGGCAACGGAAAUAUUGUAGUCCCGUUCCCGGUUAUUGUCGUUCAACAGUAGGGUUCUUUUUUUUUCUAGAACAUCACGUGCACACGUACCGGCAAAUUUUGGAACGUUUUCGAUUGAGGAUGGCCAUCUCCAUUAAAAUCCCGCGGCAAUAGAUAGGUAUUUGGGAUAACGUAUCAUUUACGUGUACACGCAAAAACUGAACAAAUAUCUAAUAUGUGUUCAUCUUGAUAUGUAUCGAAAUCAAAAUGAUUACAACUUCUUCUUCUCGUGAAACGAGACGUGGUCAAAUAAAAAUCGCAUGUAUUUUUUGUUCUAUGUAGAGUUAGAGUUAGUAUUUGUGGCAAAAAUUGUUUGUCCCGGAUUUGUCUUUUUCAUAAACAAUUGGUCAUCGAUGACGGUCAAUGGUGACUAUGAAUACGCGGCUGAGCGACGUCGAAACGACAAAACCCCAUCAUUCGGGAGCACAAACUCCUGGUUCUGAUCUAUGGGUUUUCGAAAAAUGUGUGUAGAUCCCCGUUUUAGGGGGUGGAUGUAAACCGGUAGUAUCAUCAUAGCUACUGAUACAAAUUCCAUAGGGAGGGGGUGGUGGUCCAAAUUUUUGCUUAAUACAGGUACUCUGAUAUUGUUUACGGUCAAACGUACACGGCCGGUGCACCCUCCCUCCUCUCGUUUCAAUCACAGGUACCGAUAUAGGUGUAUAAUUAUUGCAGUUAUUUAUUUAAUACAAAAUAUUACAUAGAUAUAACACAAUAUUGCGUAUAAUGGGCCCCACUGAGCAAGCUCGUGUAUAGCAAUUCGGGUCCAGGUGAUAAUCCCGACAAGGUCUGAAUCCGUCGAUAAGAAUGUCGUCAAAAUUUCAUCGACUGUCCCUGAUUCUCGUAUAAAUUAGUAUUUGCUCGAGUGGUCAGACUCAAUGUAUCGUGAACGCGUACUCUAUGAUAAGAAAUUAAUUCGGUGAUAUUAUCUGUCGGGAUUUUGAUUGUCGGUACUUUGAACCCAUACCAUAUAAUUUAUAUAACAAGUCCGCGGGGGAGGUGUGCGACCACCCUCCUAAAAUCUGCCACUGAACUGCGGGCGGAGAUUGUAUUGUUCGUAAACAAGUUUUUGACCCGAAAACUUGCUCCAAUCGAAAACUUCUUUCGCGAAUUAUUGUGAUCUAAGUCACGAGCAACGAUAUUUCAGUUAAAACUCGAAAUCCGUCAAAUCGUGAUCCCCCAACAAUAAAAUUAGUUUUAAUGUACUUUAUUAUAAUAUUAUUGUUAGAACUAGUUGUAUACCUGUGUCUGAAAUUCAUUGGUAAAAACUAAAUUUAGUUUUCAGUUUUGACAACUAUUGUCGAGUGAAAAUUGAUUUUCAAAAGUAAUUUUUAUUUAAUCGUUGUGUACAGAUAUAAACUUAAAUAUUGCUCUAUAUAAUAAAUUAUAAUAUCCUAUGUUCCCAACUUUCCACCUACAACUGCGGCAGUAUCUGCUCGUUUGGAUUUUUAAACAGCAACCUUAAUACUUAUUAAUUCCGUAGAGUUGUUGAAGUUUUAAUUGAAAUUGAACCUUCGUUCGGUGUUGUUAUUUUCAAUGAACUCGUAGCGUUGUAUACUUGCAUUGCGUUGGCGAGUAGUCCCAUUUUUGACAUUAGCAUUUUUACUGCAGAGCCGCUGAUCACUUCCUAUCUACCUAUGUACACGUACAGACGUCUCCGGGAUUUUUUCAAUGGACGACGAGGUUAAACGUAGUAAAAUUAUAUAUAUACGUAUAUAUGUCACGGUUAAAGUCGUUAUCAAUGCUCGAAUUUGAAAAUUGAAAAAAAAACUCCAAUAGAAAUUUAAAAAAACAGCGUUCCAUCUAAAUAUUUAACACCAACCCGUAGGGGACUUCGCCCCCACACCCCCUUAAUGACAUCAUAUUUUAAAAUGAAUAAUUCCUAACAUCAAACAUAAAUUAUUUUUUAACUAAUUGGGUUAAUAUUUUUACACUUUUUAUCAUCUCAAACUCUCGAUUAUUUCCUAGUUGUAUUGCAAUGGUUUGACUAGCAUUGAUUUAUCCAUCUUACACUAUUUAUUAGGUAUCGACGCAAUUAAACACAACUUAAUUAUCGAGACAGUUAGGUACAUAGAUUGACUAUAUAAAGUUAAGAACAAAUUAAGUAAAAAGUAAAACCCUUCAACGAAGAAUGAACGCCGGUUUUGUUAAUAAAUUAUAAUACAAACCCGGAUGGCAGUUAACAGAUAAAUAUUAUUACUUGUAAAAUCCUAUUUAUUUUAGUUACCAUUGAUACAAUGAUACUUUAAUGCGACAUUCUAUUUAUAAAUAUCCAUGGGCAACGUACCUAUCAAAAAACUGUUGCGUAUCGUAGUAGCGUAGGUACUGUUUGCUGUUGCUUUUCUGUUGGUAUUUUGUUGAUGACAAAAUUAAAUUUGUUAUAAAACUAUUAACAAUUUUAAUUUUUGAUUGAAAAAAACAAAUUGUCUAAAUUACGAAUUGGGUAUUUUAUGUUUUAUAAAAUUGAACGUAUACACGAAAAAAUAUUUCUUUGGCUUUUAUUAAUUGCGUACCCGUGCGUUUUUUUAGAAAAAUUUAGUAUAGGAACGCUAAUCAAAAUCAAAAGAUAGUUUAGGAGCUGAGUUUCCAUGCGCGCCCCCCAAUUUGGGCACUGACGUUAUAUUUAUACUUUAACCGAUUUUAUGCAGUUAGUUUUAAUAUUUAGUGUAGUUUUCUAAUAUUUCAAACUUAAAAGUAAGAACAUUGCAUGUGUUUCUACGUUGGUUUGUUUUCGAUAUUUCGGUUUUUAAGCCAGAUUCGAUGAUUUUUAAACGUAUUCAAAACUCGAUUGAAAAUUAAAAUAUCGAAAACAAACCAACGUAAAAACACACCCAAUGUUCUAACCUUUAAGUUUGAUAUUAGGCCAACGCACUCUAAUAUUAAAACGUAACGACGCAAAAUCUGUUUUUAUACACAAAAAUUGUAAACAUAUAACGACAUUAGCCGUAAGAUAAUGUAUUAUAUUAUACCAUUUGAUACGGGGAAUAGUAAGUUCCUACACGAUACCUAUCAGGUAAAAAAAAUCUGUUCUAGCAUAAUGGGGAGGGUGCAGCCACUGUUAUUGGUGAGAAGUUGAGAAGGUAGUAGAGGGGAAAUUUAAUGUACACCUGUAUGCAACGAUAAAACCAUUGCUAACGAAAACACGAUUCUGAGCGGAGUUCAGUUGAUAGUGUUGCUUUGUCAACAAUAUAUAGGUAUAUGUCAUAUUAUGGUAAAAUAAUUACACGUGCAUCACAUAUUUUCUUUAAUAAUAUUGUACCUGUUUUUACGUUUUUUGACCAUAGAAAAAAAAAAUAAACAUCAUUGUAAAACCAAUACAUUCCUCGCUCCACUCAGAAUCAAAAAUACAUAUGUUAGUUCCUACACGAUAAAAAGGUUAAAAACGUACCUUUAUUUUUUGUGGAAUUCGCUGAGCCUGCGUUUUCUAAAAAGUAAUUCAAUAAUAGUAUAAUAAUAAUAAUAAUAAUAAUAUGAUAGUAUAGUUUUAGUAUUUUUAAUAUAAUCGUGCUCGUUUCAACCGCUAUAUUUACUUGAUAGUAUGUGACGAUGGCCCAGCGAUAAAGAUGGCAUCUAAAUUAAAUUUAUCAACACUCAAACAUAUUUUGCGAAUUUUCAUUAACUAAUUAGACUGAUACAGAAAACUUGUAUUCGGUUUGAUAAUAAUUAUAGUAUUUAUUCACAUAAUAGGUACUGUACAUUGGGUAAUUUAUCUUAAACUUUUAUUAAUGCAUUUUUUUUUUCAAUAGGUCAAACGUGUACUUACAAGUAAUAGUAAUUCGUUUAAUGUGUAAUAAUAUAAUAUGUUUAUUUUUUUAACAUGUAUACAUUCACAAAAUUUACCACGAUAUUUAUUUAUUUUUUUUUUAAGACAUUUUGAAAUAAAUAUAACUCGGGUUGGCGGGAAGAACUAACACACGUAAGUAUUUUUUUUUUCGUCGUGUAGGAACUUACAUAAUAUUAUGUAUUUUUGUUUACCUGAUAGGUCUCGUGUAUGAGUUUACAUUCGCCCUUUUGUACUUGGCCGUGUAAGUAUAAUGCGAAUAGGCAACAAUUAUUAUUAAUAUGUUAGUAACACAUGCGUGUUACAAUGCUGAAUAGUCUAUACGGUUUUCUUUGUAUUUUCACACAGCCGACGGAGGUUAAAACACCCCUAUAUAGGUACGCCACUGCAGGUUGCCCGGUAUAAUACCACGUGUAAGACGUGUUUUUAUACAAGUCGACCGGGACAGUGUACUCGUAUGUGAUUUACGUGCGCUUCUUUCGCGGGAACGUCUGACGAAUAUACAUUAUACACUACGCGUUCCAUUGUGCGACAAUAAUAGACGACUAAUUUCGACCGUGUCUCGAAAACAACAAUAUACAAACCCACCUCGCCUAACCGCUACCGCGGUCGCGGUACACCGAAUAAUAUUGAACACGGACGUCAUCCGGACGGGUUUCGGCGGGGCUGUGGGGGCUCGUUAUUUACGCGAUUCGGUCGACGAGUUGAAUGCUUUAGGUAAUUUUUGACGGCGACGUACGCACAAUACCCGUUUAAACGACCGAUUAUUAAUUAUGUGAGUGCGUGCGUGCGUAUUCGUUAAGUUAGGUAUACGUACCUAUUGUACUCGCGAAAACACAUAAUAUACGCGGACCAAAAACGAUAUAUAUAUUAUUAUACAUUUAAUGAUAAUCGGGUUCAAGACAAUAACGGAUUAUUGCCACGGUGAGGAUCCGUGUGCAAUUUAUUUUUUCUCUCUUCCCCCACCUCAAAUGAGUAAUCGCAGUCGUUUCCGGAUAUUUUCCAAUGGGGGGGGGGGGAGUUUAUAUGAAAAUAAUUUAUUGCAUGUUGGAGUUGUCCGGCUAAUUAAAAUGUACCCUUUUCCAGGGGGAGGGAGCGUAGGUAUACAUUAUUUAUGAAGCGGGGAUAAUUUGAAUUUAAAUUAUUUGUAAUAAGCUAACACAAACAAAAAAUCGCUAUACUAGGGUUGGGUUUAGAUUUUCAUUAUUGUCUAUUUAUUUACUAAUUGGGAUUUUGGCAGUGGGAGGUGUUAACCCUUUACCUAAGCCCGUGCUCCCUUUCCAACAAGUAACUAAUUUCUAAAUUUGUCUGAAAAAAGCAUCAGUAUAAAGUAACGCAUAUGGUCUUUUCCUUGACGUUUUGCAAAAUGUAUAAAUUGAGUAAUACACUUAUUUGAACUUGAUCGAGUAAAAGUACAAAUGUGCAAUGAAUAUUAUUUUACAACUCAUAAGAAACACAUCCGAUCCCCACUCCACCGUUUGUUUUUAUAUUAGCAAAAAUCUUGAGAAAUACUUUACCUAUUUUGAUGAAAUAUUUUUUGUUGUUCGAUUCCCCUUAUUAUGUUCCGACGGUUAUAGGAUAUUAUUUGUAUACCUGAAAGUGGGGAGGGAUAGUAGUCCGUGAAAUAGAGUAGAGAGAGGGAAUAUACGUGGUUAAUGGGUGUUUAAUACAAAUUGAGUUAUAGAAUUAACGAUUAGGUAGAUAUUAUAGUAAGGUAUACAGUGUAUACUAUACACAUAUUAUUAACACCGGUGAGCAACUCUGGCAACUAUAACUAUUUUAGAUUUGAACCUAAGAAUAAAAAAAAUAACGGAAACAAGUCAAAUUGUGAAAAAUUCAACACCGUAGUGACGGAGCUGAACACGCUCGCGGGUUUUUUCUGUUUUCGGAGUAAUAUAAACGAGUGCCAAACACCCGAAUAGGUAGAUAACUGAUAAGACUAAUAGUAUAAUUUAUUCGCCUGUAAACGGUGUAUACAUUAUAUUUAUGCAUAUUAAAUUAAUACGAUGACCUAUAGUGUAUAAUGUAUACGUACAGUUUUACAGUUUGAGCAUAGUUUUCCCGGUCGAUUUACCCGAGCUGUCUUAGGGUCAGGAUUUUUAUUAUUAUAAUAUAUUCUUCGGGAAAUCGGUACUUGUUUCGAUAAAGUCGUAUAAAACGGUUUUCCGGACUGUUGUACACCGCAAUAACAAUACGGUGUAUUGUCAUAUGAGCUACCUCGCCGUCGCGUUCCUCAAAUAAAUGUCCGAAUCGGCGAAUUCACAUCACGACGCCUCGAUAAAAAAAAAAAAAAAAGUUUUUACAGUCAGUUUCAAAGGCAUAAAAAACAUUUAAAAUAUUAUAUUGUUCAAUUAAGUUUUACCCGUCUAUAAUAGCGGCACGUGUCCUGUCGUUAGCAGUAGUCAUUUAUCGUGUUACAAAAUUGAUUAUUAUUCAUUUACUAUAUGCGUUUUACGGGGAUUAAUUAAUUAUUGUGUUCAAGUGUCCUACACUCGCACAUAAUAAUUAUUAGGGAGAUAGUCCCUAUUUUUUUAAAUAUAUAUAUAUAUUUUUUUUUUUUGUUAACAAACCACGUACCUACCGCUUAAAUUUCCUGCAAAUGGGCCUAUCCAUUAUUAUCUGGUAUAAACCCUGUAAUACCCAUGGGGGGGGGGGUGAGGACGGAGUAUUUCUUAUAUACAAUAAUAAUAUUUAAAUAUUAUAACAAUAAAUUAGAUUAUUAGUAAUAGAUUAGAAUAAUAUUUUAUUUAUUAUAUUUGUAUGUUGAAAUAAAACAAUAUAAUACAUUUUGUGAAUGGUUUUUAUUUUGGACUCCGCCCUGAAAUUUAACCGAUGGGUGCCCAUGCCUACUAUAAUAUGAUAUAUAUUAUUUAUAUGGUGAUUAUUUUUGGUGUAUGUAGUCGUUGUAGUUUAUAAUGAUGUUAUGAUAUGAUUAAAAUAAAAAAAAAAAAAAAAAAAAAAAAAAAAAAAAAAAAAAACUAUAGAAAUACAACUGUAACACAGACUGGAAAAAAAAGGGUUGCUGAAGAGGGAAAAUGAUAUUCGAUUUUCAAUCAACACGAAAAAUGUAAAAAUUGUGUCACUUAUAAUAUUAUAGUGCACGGAGGACUAAAAAAUUAUGAUUUUAUUUUCCUACGAUUUAUGAAAUUAUAAUUUCUAUAAAUAACGAACGAAUUGCCCGAAACGGGCGUAGGUGUCUCUAUACGCUGCUAACGUCAUUGGGUAAUAAUAAUAUGUGUCAUAAUAAUAUACAGGGUGAUUAUUUUAAUAUAGAGUAUCGAGUCGUUAUCUUACGAAAGCACUGUUACCUUUUAUCGAAAUUUAUUUUUCGGCUGAAAAUUUAAAAUAAAAAUAAGCCGGGAUAAAUUGACGAGGGUAGAGGGAACGGGAACUAUAAUUAUUAUUUGUUUAGCAGGUCACCUCUCUCUGUGAAAAUAGCAAACUUAAAAUUUGGAGGAAGAUAAAGACAUCACGUACUAUUUAUACUCCAUCAGCUUCUCUUGUCCUUCUGCAUAUCCCAUUAAUUUUCCUAUCCACCACCAUACGGUCUACUACCCUACAUAUAUUCCUUCAUAGUAGUGUAUUCAGGGGAAAAGUUGUUUCAUCCCCCUUAUGUUAUUUUCUUAUGUCAGUUUUAAAAUACAAAAUAAUUAUAUAAAUUAUUUGGCUUUGAAAAUUUGAGGCAGUAAUUAUCUGCACUCAAGAUCUUUCAAGUUAUGUUAAUUUUAUUCAUAAAGAAUAGCUGUGCGUCUGGAGAUUUUAAUGUAAAUAUAAGGAAACGAACCAGAUUCGGCUAUUGAUAUUUUGUUUAAAUGUUUUAUACUAAAUAUAUAAUAAUUGUAAUCAACUUUAAAUGUAUAUUAUCAAUACUGAAGCGAUUAAAAAACCUGUCUACGGUCAACCGUGUUAGAAGACCUGAAUAAAUGGGUUAGAUUUGAUCAACAUCAUCAAAAAAUAACGUCAAAAAGCAUUCAUAAUACGAUUGCGUACAUAAUAGAACAUACAAUUUAGGUAAAAUAUAUCUUCUUUUGCCCGUUAAAAUGACUGCAAUGUUGCCAGAUUAGGCAUAAUUUAGCACGGAACUGAAUACUGAAAAUAAAAAUGGUAAUAUUUUUAAACAUCGAUUUUAUAAAUCUAUUCUGUUUAGUUAAGGUUAAACCAUUUAUCAAUAAUUAAUAACCGAUAUGAUACUGUAACGAAUAUAACUGUAUACGGCUCUCAAAGACUCUCAAACUUGGAAAUCCACACAUUUAUUAUAAAUUGUAUGGUGGAUUAAAUUAAGUUUUCAUUUAUCUUACAUAGAUUUUCUUCAAAUUGUACAUAAUUAAUAGAUAAUUUGAUUAAUUAAUACACAUUUAAUAAUAAUAAAUAUUAUUAGGAAUUUACUUUAUGGGAUAAGCGUUGACCAUUAUGAAAACGACAACCAAUUAAUGUAACUCCUGGAAAUACAUUGAUAGCUGCUUCGUGUGCGCCUUUCUCAAAAUCCAAGUGUAAUUUUUGUACAUUUAAAGACAUAUACAGUUACAUUUAAAGUUACUUAUAGGAAUUUUUAUCAUUUAUGUUUAAAAGUGGGUUCCGUAUUUCUCGGUUUAGGUAUAAAAAAAACCCUGUAACGCACCUGGUAUUUUUCCUCCUGGUUUCCAUUCUAGUCCAACUUUCAUUAUAUUAUUUGACCAUACGUGAUUAGCCAGCUCAUUCUUCUUCCUGUAAGUGUCAAGAUUAAUAUGUCCUCUUCUCUGAACAGCUCUGUACUAUCGACAUUCGUUUUUUAUUUCAUAUUCACUUGCAUUUUGUUCAUUUUUUUUUUGUUGAAAUUUAAUAUACACUGAAAAAAUUUUCUUUCCAGAAUCGCUUAUCUUCUCUCUUUCUUUUUUGAGGUUAAUCACGGUUCACAUUAUGUGUAUAUAAAAUCACUGGUCUAAAUAAAACUUUGUGCUGUAAAUAAUAUACAAUUUAAUAUUUUGAAAAAAUGUAUAAUAAAUACAAAAAAAAGAAAAAUGUAUACAUUGUAGCGCAGAGACAUACUAAUUAAUAAAAUAAAAAUAAAAUUAUUAGUUGAAAUACUAAUUAUUCAAAACAAAAUUACAUAUAUUAAAAAUAGUGAAUAAAAAAAAAGUUAUUUCAAGUAUCAGAUCUUCAAAUAUAUUUUGUAUGUAAGUACCUAUACCUAUUUACCUUCAUUUAACAUGUUUAUAGUACCCCCCUUUUAUAUAUUGAAUAAUCAUGGGUGUGUCAUUCAUAUCUCUUUUAGUGACUUUUUCUUUGGUUAUGAAUUCCGUUGAAGUUGUGAUACGUAUAGUAGCGGUUUUGAUAAAACAUUAAGAGGAGGAUGAUUUUAAAUUUGUUGGGCUCAUAUUGACCAUAUUGACAUAUAUUAAUUAAUGAUACAAAUUUGUUUAUGAUCCUAUCAAAAAUUAUACAUAACUUUCAUUUUAGAUUCUGAGUGGAGCAAAGAAGCUUAUAGUUUUACAACUGUUUUAUCCUUGGACAACUUUUCUACCAGCAAUUUUGCUCUAAAAUUGAUAGAACUUUUUCUGAAAGAAGAUCUGACUGGGGAGGUACUUUAGAAAGGUUAAUUUUUUAAUUUUCCCAGCAAAUGUGAAAAACCGGGAAAAACGGAAAAUUGGUACAAUAUUAAACAAAUAUUAUUAAAGAAAUUAUAUAAUGCCUAGCUAUUUAAUUGUUUUACCAUAAUAUGACAUAUUUUAGACAAAGCGUCACUAUCAACUGAACUCCGUUCAGAAUUGCUUUUUCGUUAGCAAUGAUUUAUCGUUGUUUACGUACAAAACAUACCUAACAGUUGACAAAAAAGAGGUCUAGGAAUGACGAUCGCCCCCUCCCCCCUGAAAACCGCCAUUGAAUACGUAUAUAAUGUAUAUAAUGAUUUUAAAACAAAUAAGGUACCUACGGCUUAAAUUAUUAUUACGGGUUUGCCGUCCCGCGUGAAAAACUCGCGGCAUUUUGUGGACAAUGUCGUUAGAUGCCAACUUUCGGAAAACGAACUGACAAAAUCCACUUUAUGUUGAUGAUGAUAUUUUUGGAUCUGGCACGUGUUCUAUGAAGACGAGUUAUAAUAUUUUAUUAUAAUUAUAUUAUUAUUAUUAUCAUCAUAUGCUUGUCGUCACCCGAGCCAAAAGUGGUCGUCGUAUUUAAAUGCUUACUGCGCACGUGCGGUCCGUCUGAAUUUGUAUCCGAUAUAAUAACUAACGGUUAUGUAGGUAGUAAAAUUAAACGCUAUAUAUUAUAAUGUUAUGUUUUUCUGCUCGCAGGUAUUUACGAAAGACCCGGUACAAAAAAAACGAACGGAAAGCUGACAAGGCUACCAACGUGAUCGCGGUUGCCAAAAAGGGAAAACACAGGGAUGUUGCGGCGAUAGUAGACUCAACGGCGGUGGGAACGUCGACGCCCAUCAUCAACAACAAAACGUACAAUAAUAACUGUCGUGGGACCAGCAAUUUUAUAAUUCCCACUAUCGAAGAAACGCUCGUACCGUCGACCGACAAUGGCCCUUUGAACGAACCCCUAGAACCGAACAACGUCUCCUCCUCUUCCACCGUCGCCUCAGGUAUAUUAUUAUAAGGGUAUGAUGGUGGAAAAUGGAAAUCCGCCGUACUUGCCAAAGUUCGAGAAUCCAAAAUUUGAGUUUUAAGUUUCAAAUUUUAAAACUAUGAUUUCGCAUUUUUCUUAAUUAGAUAUCUUUGGUAAAAAGAUUUUUAAUAAAUAAAUAAAUAAAACAUUUUUUUUAAUAAAUCGAAUUUAUUAAUUAUACAAUAUUCAAUAACUAAAAUAGAAAUUAAAAAAAAAAAAACAAAAACUAAUAAAUUGUUUUACAGAUUAAAAAAAAAAAAAAAAUCAGAAAGCCAAAUGUAAAAUCUGAUGUCCAUAUUACGAACUUUCUGAUAUUUUAAAUUCUGAAUAUAGCGAAGAAUGUAUUAGUUUUACAAAGAUGUUUAUUUUUUUUUUUUAUGUAAACUGUUUUUAUAUCAAAAAGAUUACUCUGGUGUAUAUGAUGUAGACUCUUUUUUGAAAGGAAAUUUUUUUGUGGUGGUACUUGAAGGGGCAGGUAAUUUUUUGGUUUUCCCGGCAAUUUUUCUAAUAAAAGAGAAAAAGUGAGAAAAACGGGAAAAUGUACAUAAUAUAAUAAUAAAAUAUUAUGAUUUUUUUUUCUGUGGAUAACUUUUCUACCAGCAAUUUUUAUCUGAUUUACAAUGAUUUUUUCUGAAACAAAAUCUGACUGAGAAGUUUAUUUUUCGAUUUUCUCAAGAGUUUUUCCAGUGAUUGUGAAAAAUCGGGAAAAACAUGGGAAGACCGAGAAAAAUGUAGAAAAGACGGGAAAAUCGGUAGAACAAAUAUUUUUAAAGAAAAUAUAUAAUGCCUAUUUAAUUAUUUUACCAUAUUAUGACAUAUAUACAUAUUGUAGACUAAGCAUCACUAUCAACUGAACUCCGUUUAGAAUCGCUUUUAGUAAGCAAUGGUUUAUAGUUGCUUACAGAUAUAAAUUAAUUUCCCCUCUAUAUCCCACUUUCCUAAAUUUUCACCAACAACUGUGACCGACAAAACUGUUUAUCUUUUUAGUCAUACUUUUGUGACAGGACUUCAUUUUAUGAUAACCAAAAUAAAUUAGUGGAAUAAUUCUAUUACUGUUUUAUUUUUUGUACUUAUCAUUUUAUUUUAUUACCAUUGUAAAAUGUAAUUGUUGAGCUAUCAUAGUUGACUAAUAAAAAUAAUAAUAAAAAAAAAAAAUAGUGGAAAACGAAAAUCGCUUUUUAUUUGUUUAAUGGAUAAAGAAAUAAGAAUUUUGGUUUAAAAUAUUGUGUUUUAAAUUUAAAAUUAUAAAUCCGGUGUACAGAUUGCAGUAAUCCUAAUUAAUCUAUAUAGGAAAGACCAUUCGUUGCGCUUUCCAUUGCCCAUACACGCAUUUAUAGUAAAAGAUUUUCGAUAUAUUUGAUGUUUUUAACUCAUCAUGAUUUUAAUUCUCGUGCGUUUUUUUUUUGUCGUACCAAAAAUAUUACGAGUAUGUGACGCCCACCUCUUUGAAACAUUUCUCUGUGCGUCACUGUUAAAACAUUUAUUAUUAUCCGUCAGAUAAGAAAUAUUCGCGGCUGUUUGCGUCUCUGUAAAUUUCGCCAAUUUUCUCAAUAAUAUACCAAAGACAAAAAAUAUAUGAGUAGGCGAUUUUGUGCAAUAUCCAUUAUUUCAAGAACUGAACUAUAAACUACUUUUCAUCAAUAUUGCGAAGACAAAUAAUUUAUUCCAUAAUAAUAAAUUUUGUCAGAUUCAUCUUUCUAUUAUUAUAUUAUCAUUUUAGUGAAAAAAUAUUUAAAUUUUGAGCUUUGAUACUAUAUUUAUUGAAUAUUUUAAAGUGAUCUUUAAAUUAAAUAUAUUUAGGUUUUUAAUUUUGAGCUUUUAUCAAAAAAAAUUGCAACUUUGGUAACGAUUUAAAAUUAUAAUUAUUAAAUCGUUGUUCUGAUACACUCUUUAUAUUAUACUGAUAUACUGACUGCAGAAACUAAAACUCUAAUCAACAAAUAUCCUAAUUAGCGUAUUGUAAAAUGCUAGUCUUGCAGUCUCCAUCAUUGUUAUCCCUUUAUUCUCUUUAUUCUCUUUAAUCUUAUUCUCAUCCUCCUAUAUACAUCUCCCUACAUCCAUAACCAUUUCUUCAUCUGCUCCACAUCGUCUUAUACCUCCUAAAUAAUAACCGCUAACCAAUUUUUCUUCCAUUUACACUUAACCCUUUUACUCCUUGAAUAUUGUCAUUUCUCUUUCUCUUGCCAUGUACUUUGAACUGUUUAAAUCUAUUCCUCUCAUUUGUCAUUUUUCUUGUGACACUCGCUAUACUUAUAGACUGUUUUUUAUGUAUUUAUAUAUUUCUUUAUUUUAGAUCAUAUUUUGAAUUUAUUUGUGUCGGUGUGUUUUUUUCGUUUUUCAGUGAAUAGCGCCCCGGAAAAGUGUUUCACGUUUACGCUGCCGGACGGACUGAAAAGCAUAUCGGCAGAGACAAAACAAUUAAUACUCGGCGUUUUUGAGCCGACCGCCAAUCUAAAAACCAACAAAAUCGUCAUUUAUAUCUGUGUACCGAACAAUAAAGGCAAGAAGCGUUGAGAUAGUCAUAAAAUAAUUUUCAAAAAUAAGGGAACGGGUAAAAUUAUAAUAUAAACGUACCUAAUAGUAUAUGUGUAAGUAGGUAGAUAAUAAUUUCCCUAGGUACAAUAUAAUUAGUUAAAAAAAUAUAUGUGUAUAAUUUAUACACAAUACAAACCCAUUCGUUAUCACACUAGGGGAAACCAUGCUAUCUCCUAUGAUCAGUCUUACGUAGCAUGUUCACGUGUCCUCUUAUCCACAAAAUUUCGUGUGUCCCAACGCGGCAUAGAAAGACAUUUAACAUUGUGUAUCAAAGUGUCUAGCGUCUUAACAUAAUUUAGUUAUUUAUAACAGUAGUUAAUAAUGUAUACAUAUUCGUGUUAUGUUUAUUUAUUACAUUUCGUGUUACUAUAUCUAUUCUUUAACCUAUAUGUCUUUCAUAUACUCUGUCGAGAAAGCAUUGUAAAAGUCUACUUGAAUGAAGUUGCGGGUAAUACAGUUAGAAAUAAAUAAAUAUAAGAGUCAAAUUAUGAUAGAUAACUAUUAGAUAAUACUAUAAAAUAACCAACUUCACUUCAUAUACUAUCCUCGUGUUAAUUCGUGUUGUUUGGAUGUAGGAUUUCUGAACGAAAGACGCUGCCUGUACGAAAACGUGCUUUCGACGGUCCGGUCGAAAUGUGCGCAAAUCUGUUACGAACUGCAUAUAGUUGACCUGUACUAUGACCACCAGUUCCAGCAAGAGUGCAGAUUGUCGGAUAAAGCGGUCCGAUUAGCAGAACUCCAACGACAGGAUCAGAUCGGUUAUGUGGUACCCGUCGUAUUCGUGGACGACUCACUAGGUCCUCCAGUCCUGCCGCAGGUGAUGACCAGGCAAGACUAUGACUUGGCCAGAUCCAAAACCCCGGAAGCUGGCAAACUGAUCGAAAAAUGGUACAUGCUUGACUCACAAAAGAAUCACUACGAACUCCGGAACGAGAUGAUGUUUGAGACACAGGUACUUUUUUGUCAUUUUACUUUCGUUUAACAUUCUAAAGAACAUAAAUUACUUUUAAGUCUACUAUCACCGCAACAAUCGAAUCUUAAAAUUUCUUUGUUUUCUGCCCUCUCCACUCUAAAUCAACCUAAGACAUUUCUUCAAUUUGUACAUAUAUCGUAAUCAAAGUCAACCUCUAGGUCGCUUUGAGUUUAGUCUUCAUCACGUUAUUAUACUAUCCACAUGAUGUAUAUACCACAUGUAUAACCAGAAUUUUGUAAAGUAUUGUCUUCAUUUUUUUAACGAAAUCUUGAAACUCCAAUAGUGUUAAUGAUUUGAUAAGAUGUACCUCCUCCUGUAUCACAUCAAUUUAAGCUUCUAUAUUAAUUUUAUUUUCCAAUUGGAGCACUAAAUGUGAACAGCUAUGUACAGUGUAGUCGAUGCAUACAUUUCUAUGGUUUGUACUAUAGUUAUCAUUAUGGUGUUGUUUAUUUGUAGGAAUCCGACGAAAAACAUUGGCAUGACGAAAAAGUUCAAUUGCAACUUGCACUGAUGAAGGUGUCGGACUCGAAAUCAUUGCAGAGUAUUUAUGCAGAACAGAUAUUUGUACAGGUAUAAUUUGCACAUAUUAUUUCGUAUAUUAAAAUAAUAUAAACCGUUUAUUUUAAUGGGUGCAGGAAAUUUAUAACGAAAUUGUGCUGCAUGUCGAAUUGGCUAAAAGGUCGAUCUGGAUAAUGAAAAAUUAUGAGGAGAAUUCCGAGAAAAAGUGCAAGAACACCGCGGCCGAAUCCAAAAAGAGACUCGAACAAUUAAGUAAACAUUUAAAGGUUAGUUUUAAAUACUUUCAUUAUUAUCGUUAUUCAUAUGUGCCUGUAUUUUAAUACAGAAUGAAUUGCCAGAAACGAAUAUUAUAUUUUUUGAGAAAAAUGAUGAUGCGAAUGAGUGUACGAAAAAAAUCGGAUCCAUAAUAACAUCAAUGAUCGAGUCUGUUGAAAAAGAGAGGGUGAUUAUUAUAUCCAUUAUAUAAAAGUCUAAUGCAAAUAAUACCUAAUUGUUUUUGACAUUGUGUGCGUGCAUAUGAUCUUCCUAUUUGCCUUUAUCACACAUAUUAAGUAGCAUCAGCUACCCUUACUUUGAACCUUCACAUCGCCCAAUCCAGUGCCAUUUCUUCAUAUCUACCCUAACUCCUAUUAACCUCUAUAUCCACUUUUCAUCUGGCAUACCUUGUCUUCUGCUUCCAUAUCUAGUUGACUUGAAUCACCUAACUUCUUGACUAUCUCGUCGUUUCUCCUCUCUACCAUACGAUUAUCAUACAAUCUAAAUAUGUCCAUCUUCAUACAUUUACCUGUUCAACAUUCUCAUUUCUGCUACUUGCAAUUUUAUUAUAUUUCAAUUAUCUUAAUCAAUGUUCAAUGGCUCAUAUAUUCAUGGUUGCCUCACAAAGUCACAACUAUUAUUUAUAUAUACACAUAGGAAAAACAAGAGCCUACAUACGGUGUGGACACGGUACUGUUGGAAGAGCUGCGUUUACAGUCGUGGUUUGCGCAUAACACAGCAAAACAAUCUGUUCGCAGGGACGAAGCCAUGGAACGAGCCAAAAAGUACGUAUUACUCAUACUUAUAGGUCAUAAAUACUCUAAUCUCUUUUUUGUAUUCUUACACUCUGCGUGUAUUGAAGGGUUUAUUAUAUACCGUUGUUGAAAUAUCUAAUUUUUUUUUGUUAUGUGUUGCUCGCAGGUACAUGGUAAACGGGUGCGCGAGGUACCCGUUAAUAUUGCAUGGCUGUCCUGGAUCGGGCAAAACUACUGUAAUGGCCGCCCUUGAAAAACAAUGUCGUCUGUGGAACCAAGAUGCCCUUGUUGUGGCAAGAUUUGCUGACGUGUCCGCUUACAGUUCAUCACUGGAACAGACACUCAAUUCGUUGGCCGCCCAGUUGGAUCUAGUGGACACGGGCAAGUCAACUUGGUUCAAACACGUGAGUCAACGUUAUUUUUAACGAGUAUUUUGGGUUUAUCUCAGUAUUACUCAGAUUAUCUUCAUCGUUUGUAGGACGUAAAGUCUUAUUCUGAACAAAUCAAACGCAUGUUGAGUUCAAUUGGAGCGAAACGGUCUGUGACGCUGUUGGUCGAUGGAAUCGAUAGAGUAACUAUAUUUUACUAUACAUUUACACUAAAAUAUACUAUUAAAAAGAUAUAAGGGCAUGUAGACUAGAUUACGGAUUAUCAUAACCAUAGAACCGGUUUUUCUAAAAAAAAAACGAAAAAAUGAAUUGCCCUGUUGCAUUGGAACAGAUCACUUAUAUUCGUAAUAGAGUCAUGCAAGACAGAUACAGUGUUAUAAGUGAUAGGCAAUACAAUAGAAAUACUAUAUUUGUUCUCGCAAAUUUGCGAGUGGCAAACGUUUCAAAGUUUGAUAACAAAGAAAUUCAGUGUGUCCGUUUGGAAAAAUGACGUUGUAAACGUUAGCAAACUUCGCUAAUUCCGACAGGCGACGUUUACAAUAUUUAAACUCGAUUCACUCUUGUACGGCACAAAAAAGUCGUCCAGUUUACAUCGUAUGACCAAAAAACAAUGACAGACACCGCUCUUAGCUCAGUAGCGGUCAAAUGAUUUUGUCAUGGAGAUCAUAAGGAUAAUUUUUAAAAACUAUUAUUAUUUACCUACACAAUUUUUUUAACCGAUAUUAGUUUGAUUAUAAUUUGUGUUUUUAUCGGUCGGUUUUCUUUGUAGUUUAAUUUUUUCCGGGGUAAGUUAUACAGUCAAAAUUUUCCAAAAAAAUGUUUUUCUUACCUAUCACUUAAAAAAAUGAAUAGAUGCACAUUUUGAAUUUCGUAAUUAAGUUGUUUUUUUAAUUAAUCCGAUAUAGCUAUACUAUAUAUAUUAGUUUAUUUUUUAAUUGUAUUUUAUAGAUACAUAUAAAGAUAUGUAUAAUUAAAUUAAAUUGAUUCCGAGUUACAUCCACAGACCGAUAAAACAUUCUUUACUAGAAAGUCUUGUUGUAUCGUGUCUGAACGAUGCUGUCCGCAUCAGUGUGUGUAACCGUAUACAAUUGUAUAGAUAUAAUAUUUCGUCGUUCCUUGCCGUGUUAUAUCCUACCAGUAUGAAUCGGGCUUUAUUCAAUAAUAUGCUUGUAACAAAAACUAAGGUUAAUAUCAGAUAUCCAUUACCGGUAGGCCGGUAGAGAGUUUUCGGUUCUUAUUUUUAUUGCAUUUUGUGUGUCCCUCUUUCGUCGCAGUUCAAGAACGAAGACGUCAGUUGGAUAUCUCAAUUUUUGAAUAAUAACGUCAAAGUCAUAGUGUCAGUUACCGAACCUUCAAUACACUUCAAUAAGUUGCGGCAAAACAUCAAGUCAGCCGAUUCGUACAUACGGGUUCGUAUAUUUUAUUAGGUAUAUUAAGCGUCUUUGUUUACACUGCGGUUACAUUAAUUGGUAUCAUACAGAUCUCGAAUAUGACGGACGAACAGAUCAAUUCUAUGUUGGUGUCGUCGAUCGUUCGGUCGAUAGCCGGGGAAACGAUUAAUAACGAUGGAAGUGCCAAGACGCCGUUUGAACUUCACGUGAGAGCACUGUUUUCGAAAAUCCGAAACUUGAAGCAAUCGCCUCCACCUCAACCACAAUCCCCGGAGAACUGGAUAGAAUCUAUUUUUGACUGCGUCGAAAUGAUUUUGGGCAAAGACAAGGUUAGUAGCAUACGCGGAUCUAUAUAAUAAUUCAGACUCGUAAUAUACAGUCUCUAAGUAGUAGAAUGAACUUUCCAAAACUCUAGAUGUAUUUUGUACUACGAGUUUAUGUAUGUAUUUUAUUUUACUUUUUCACAAACUAAUUUUUGUAUUUUCCAAGUGGUUUUCAUAAAUGAAUUAGUAGAAACACCGUUUUAUUCACGUCGGUUAUCUCACUUUGGAUUUUUCUACUUCUCCUUUACCUUGACCCCAACUAUUUGGGGUCACCCACUCUCGGUCUAAACUUCCGCUUGACCUGAUCUCCUACCUCAUAUACACCGACUGUCUUAUCAUUUUCAAUCGUAUCUAACCACCUUUUUUUUAGUCUUCUUCUCCACUUCUUUUCUCCUACGUUUAUUUUUAUUAAAAUUCCUACUGCUUCAGAUCCCUCUCUCCCCGUGACAUACCGAAAAUAUCUCAACUUCAGAUUAACUUUGAAUUGUUGGGAAUUAAUAUGCAACCAUUAAAAGAGUACCUAUAGUUAGUGAAUUUGCAUUCCAAUAUUCAUCUAAUAUUAUUAUCAGUGACGUAUUUAUGUGGGACGGGGUACUAGAGGCCCGUGACCCAACAACAAUAAGAUACAGUAGCAAUAAGAUUUGUGCUUUUGAAUACCUUAUACCUUAACCUCAAACCUAUUUUUUAUUAUAUACGAUUGAAUAUUUUAUUUUAUUUGUGCCCUCCCCCUAAAUUAUUCAUUUCUUAAAAUGCCCCUGAUUAUCACUACGUAUAUAGUAUAUGUAAAUUGUAUACGCGUAUAUGUAGUAAAUGAUUUUAUUCUGUAUUGUUUAUAGGUUUCCAUCGCGAUCAAUUAUAUGUGCGCCACUCAAUUCGGACUACUUGACUCGGAGGCCGUUGAAUUAUUGUCAUCGGAGAAAGAAUUUCACAGCCCCGACCAAAUAGGAACCAGUAUGUUAGAGAUCUAUAUACCUAUAUAUUAUCUGGGCGGAUAUAGGAUUUUUUUUUUAGGGGCCCAAAAUUGUUUAUUUUAAUUUUUAACAACUAACACUAAAUAUAAAAUAUAGGUAAGAUUACAAUCAAGUAUCAACAUUAUCGACUAUCGUAAUAAUUGGUCUAACCUCAAUUUGAACCACGAUUUAUAAUCAUUAUUAACUUAUGUACAAAUAUAACUGUCAAGGGGAGCCCAGGCCCUCCACCUCCCCUUGAACCCGCCACUGUAAAUUUUAUACUAAAGAAAAGCCUCUUUUAAAUACUGAAUCUAACAAUAAAUCAUAUUGAAUAGAUAUAUGAUUCUGAGUAUUUUAAGUUGUUUACCAAAAUUAAAGUAAUUUUGUUUGAUUGUGUUACGAAUGGAACACAGAAAUUAAUAAGAAAAAUAAAAAUUUCAGAUAUCUGCAUGAUUUUCUUCCAAAUCAUCAGUGUAUCUUCAUUUUGUUCUCAAUUGUUUUUAAUUUUUAGAAAAAUAAUUUUUGACUUAACAAACUGUUGGAUACUGAAUACCGCUAUGUUAAUAUGUAUAGUACUUUAAUAAACGAAUUAUUGUUCAAUAUCAGUUUUUCGUAUAAUUUCAGUGACAUCGUCAGCCAGUAUAUUCUGGGCGACAAUCAACGAGCUGCUCUCCUCGUUUCUUUUCUGGUUCAAAACGGAUCGGUAUGCAACGGUCCGGUGGAAAAACGCUGCGGUUGCCGAAGCGGCUAGCCAACGUUACUGCACCACGUCUGCUCAACGUUUUAAAACCAAAAUUCUCUCGUAUCACGAGGACCAGGUAAUAUUCAACGACCGCAAAUACAUUUUAGUCAUUAUUUUCACGCGUGUUUUUCUGCAGGUAAUCACGGCCAGCAACCACACCAAGAGAAGCUUGCCGAAACGUAGACAAAUGGACGAGUGCGUUCACCUGCAUACGGACCGGGCCAAAGUGGUCAAAGAACAUUUCGGCAACCUAGACUGGCUCCUAGACAAAUUGAACAACGGAUCAGUGCUUCAAGUACGUCGUGGCCCGUGGUUGAAUUGUGGUUAUUACCGCUAUUACAUGCGCGUAUAUUAUAAUAAUCUAGUGGUGUUCGUUGAAUGCUGUAGUUAUUGGAUGAGCUGUCCGCGUACGAACAAGAUCCCGAGGCGGUUUUCCUCAAAGAUUUCCUAAAGGCCGCAACUCCGGCCUUGGUGAACAACGGUAAUCAGCUGUAUUCGCAGAUGUCGCUGUACCCGCCGACGGCCGAACGGUACCGCGUUCUUAUCGACGCACCGCCAUUCCAAACGCUGAUACCAUUGGUACCGCAGGUGCCUCCCGCCGAAGUGGCUGUGCCGGUGGAAGCGCCGUGGAAAUUCGACGUGGUUAAGCGGUUGAACGACGAUUCCAAUUACGUUAUUACCGUGAGCACUGAACGUAAAGAGAUUAGCGUGUGGAACGUAAAAACGUGAGUGCCUCAGCAUAGGGUUAGGUUAAGUUGGCUUUUGUUAACUAAAUCAAUUAAUGAAGAACACGUUAUAAAUCCUGAGUGGAGCGAGGAUAGGUUUUUGUGUGUGGGCUUACCCAUUAUGUUGCGCAGUAUUUUGUAAUUCCUAACAUUUUCAUGUAUAUAUUUUUUCGAUUCCGUAUCUUCGGUUCAGUUGCACGAGAGUCCGGACUCUGCGGGGGAUCGUCCAUCCGACUGCGUUAAAGCUGAUCGACAACCAACGUUGCAUAGUGUUGUGCGAACGGAAAUUGACCGUCAUCAACUUGGCCACCGGCAAGGUGAUCAGCAAACUUAAAGGUGGGGCUGGCUCCGCGUUGCGUACACGCAGUCCAUCAUUCACGGCCUUCUUCGUUUUUCAGGUGUUAUGAACCAAAACAUGCCAUACUUCGGGUUACACAGCCCCACGAAACUUGUGGCGCUGGCUAGGAGCCGGAUGCACGUGAACCUGAUUGACAUUGAAACGGGCACGAUCGAAGCGUAUUUCAAAGCGGGCGAAGACAGGUUUUUGAACUCGCUACUGGUGUCUGGAAACGGAAGGUAUAUUUUCUGUUAGCUUUCACAGCUCACGUACGGCCUCGGUUGCCGCUUACACGCUUCUCCGCCGGUAUCGAUCUCCGCUUUCGUAAAUUUCCCCGUUUUCCCCCAAUAAUUUCGAAAACCCAUUGGAUAAUCAAAAAAUGACCACCCCGUUGAACCAACGAGGGAAAAUCAUCAUUUAAAAAAGGUGCUGUGGAAAAGUUGUGCAUAGACACAAAAAAUAAAAUAUACCUGAUGAUAAAUUUUUAAUUCGAAACCAGUCGUAUAUCGCCAAUUAUCAUACUACUCCAGGCGACCGCAUCCGUUCAUUCGUUUAUUUUUCAUUUCUAUACAUACAUUUUGCAUUUAUAUAUUUAUUCAAUAUAUUUGUUGUUUUUUUUUUUUUCUUUAUACAUUAUUGUAUUCAGCAAUUUACUCUUAACCGCUUUAUACGCUAUAUGGUUUCGAUUUAUCCGAAACAAUUACCGUGUGAUUAAUUCAUGCAGGGUGAUGGUGUGCGGCGACGAAACGCAAAAGCCAUUCCCCCUUCUCGUGUGGAACCUGACGUCCAGACAGCUCAUGUAUGACCUGCGCAUACCGUUUCACGAGUUCGUCACCCAAUAUUCGGCCAUUACGUAUGAAGGCCACUAUGUGUGUUGCGUCGCACAGGUAAGUGAUCGAUUUCGGACGCCGGUUAUACGGGGUGCGCCGUCAGACUUUUAAACACCGCCAAACGCAUCCAGUCGUAGCCUAACCACUGAUUUAUACAUUAUGCACGGUCACUCGUGUUUUUCCCGCUGUGCAGGAGGUCGACGAGCCCGGACCCAACUUUAUCGUUGUGUAUGACCUGCAGUCGGGCACGCUGUUCAAGAAAUGGAAGCCCGGCGUUAACUGCGUGGCGCUGGACAUAUCUUCCAAGGACGGUUGCGUGCUCAGCGGCCACGAGAACGGUCAAAUAUGCAUCUGGGACCUGACCACGGGAAACUGCCGGUGGACGCUGGGCGGCCACGUGGCUCCCGUCACCAGUCUUCGGUUGGACCCGGGUGGCGGGUCGUUCGUGUCGCUGGACACACACACCCGGGACCGCACCAUCAAACUCUGGAACGUCGACACCGGUAAAUUAUUGCUUCCCACACUGAUUUAGGGCAAAUCAUCGUUUCAUCGUGAUACCAGUUGAUCGGAAGACAUUUCCCCGCGUGUGACACUUCAUCGCGUGUGCCGCAUUCAGUAUUCAGACUGUACACUUUUUAACACGUGUUUUUUUAUUUUCUUCAAAAUACAUUCAAUUUCCUUUUUUCUUCAAUAAUUGACGUACCUAAUAUUCCACCUUUGUUUUCGGAAUAAUUGUGUGCUCAGGGCUUAUGAGUCUCCCUUUCUUAAUAACUUCCGAGAUAUUACUUUACCCGUAUGCAUUUUUCUAGUACUCAGUUUUUUCUUAGUCCUCACGUCCCAUGAUUACGUUAUCUAAUGUCAGCUCAAACAUAUUUCACCGAUUUCGUCUUCCCUUGCAAACAUUCAAUAUUUAUUUUUGCCCGAUUUCUUUCGAUUAUUAUCUACUGAUAUUUUGUGUGCUAACUGGUCCUUAUUUAUUUUUGGCAGGACAACUCAUCUCGGAGUUCACGCCGGCCAAUCCGAUAACGGCUUUCGAAAUACUGCCGGGCGGCCAGUACGUGGUGGUCGCAUCUUCGGAUUCCACGCACCCAACCAUCCUCCAUCUGCGCGGAGGCCCCGCCUGUCGGCUGACUGCCACCUCCCCCGACUCAGCGCAGACCACCACCGCCACCACCGGACCGUACGGUGACGAGAUAACGGCACUGGUGGUGGACUUGUCGGAGGACUUCCGGGACGAUGUGUCCGCCGGCCCUAGAUGACAGCCGCCGUGGGACGAACGCAGAUGCACCGUUGCCGGGCGUGGAGGGGUGUUGAUGGUAGGGAUCGGGAGUGUUGAUGUCGAAACGGCAAGAGGUGUGGGAAUCGUCGGUGCCCUCGAGAUGUUUCACAGUUUUCGUAUUUUCCGGCAGUGGCGGCGUUUACACUGUUAUGUUGUUGAUGACAUCAUGACGUCAACCAGCGUCCCCUCUAUCCUCCGCAGCCACCGAACUUCUCUGUUGUAUACAAUAUGCUUUUUGUUCGUAUAACUUACAUCGUCACCCUCUUUGACUGCUGUGCAUUAUCAUGCAGGUCCGGUUAGGUUAGAACCACGAGGUUUGUAAACCUACGUAUAAUCACAUCGUGGUUCGGCCGCCCAAAAAUUGUCAUAGUGGCGGCGGUGGAACCGAUAAUAAGUUUUCCAUUUUUACUAUUGGUGAAAUCACUCUACUGCUGAGUUUAAGUCAUGUUCCAAAAAAUACCGAUUGACUAUAUAGAUUCUUAAGUCUUUUUCGAGGGGAGGGAGUGUGAACCUUUUCUUUCCGAUUAGUCAUUCUGAAUAAUGUCCGUUUUCGGCUACAUCAAUAUAUUUUUGACUAUCUACCGUUACCCACAUUGUAAAAAACAAUUUCUUUUUUUAUCACUCUUACAGAGAUUAUUUAUUAUUAAAAUUACCAUUCGUUUUUUUAAAUAAAAAAAAUAUAAUAAAUUAUAAUGAAUAAAAUGUAUAUUUUUACAACUAACGGCUUUUGUAUUAUAAAAUACGUAGUAGGUAGGUAUAAACUAUUUAUACAUUAAUUGUUUAAAAAUUCCUGCGGUCCUGCCCAAAUUUUAAAAUUUACAAAAUUAAAAAUUUUUUAUAUUCGAUGCCCAGUAGCUAUCUAAUGAUAAAAAUUGUAUCACGGUGUUUUUUUUUCAAACAUAAUGAAAUUGUUUAAGUUUUAUGUUAAUACUUUUCUAAUUUUUACCCUGAUUUUAAUACCUACCUUAAUUAAAUAUUCAUUUUCAUUUUCAAAUGACAACCCUUACCAAUGGUAACAAAAUAAUAUUUUUUUAAAAAUGUUUAUAUGCUUAGUAAUUAAUAAAGAUAUACCCAUUGUGAUGUCUCGGAAAGUACAUACAAGUUUUUUUUUUGACAAUUUAAGAUACAAGUACUUCUAAAGUGUUAUAUUAGGUACCUACCAUUAGUUUUGGUCACCUUAAUUUUAUUGACUUACAACUUUAGAUGUAUAAAUGCCAAUCCAUAUUAAAAUUUCCAAAAAUAAAUGGAGUAUUAGUUUAAAUUUCUACAUGUUUUUAUUUCGAUCAAUCUGAUGAAAACAUAAUCCACUUUUAACUUUGAGUAGGGGGAAAAUAGUUAGUGUAAAUUCAAAAUUGUAUAGCUACUUGUUUUUUAAAUUAUCAAAACAAAGAUAACACUUUGCGAUAGAUAUAUAAAAAUGGGUGUAUUUUUGUACCUAUACCAUUUAUCACUUAGUAAGGAAGGAUAAUAAAGUUCAUAUCAAUAUUCAAAUGAUAAUUCCUCCUUCAUUCACACCUUUGGUCUAAACUAUUUUAAGUAUCGAUAAUGCAUACAUGGUAGGUAUUAGUAUUAUGCAUAUCAAAAUGUGUAGAACAAUAUUCUCUUUUCUAAUCUAGUUUGCAAAAAAGUGAUUGCUAAUUGAAAAUAAAAAUUUAAUGUGUUUGUGGUAUUAAGUAUAAGAAACACCUAAAGUAAAGGUAUAUUUUCAAUACAUUGUAAAUAAGAUCACAUAAAACAAUUUAAUAUUAUCUCAAAAAAAAAACUAGAAUUAUCAAAAACUCAAAAACAUUGUAGAUAAUUGGAUAAAAAUAAUCACCUGUAUGUAAAGCAUGGUCAAAAGGAAAGGUUUUAAAAUAAAGUAUGUAUUAUGUACUUACAUAUAUACUCUUUUGUUUACAAAUUACUUGCCAUUACUUUGAAUUUAUCAAAGUAAUAAGAACCAGCUAAAACAAAUUUUGGAAUGCACUAUUUACUAAUGGUAAUUAAUUAUAUUUCAUAGUUAACACAACAAAUGUAUACAUAUUUUUGGAAUAUGCUAAGUCAAAAAUACAAUAAUUUUUUUUAAACUGACCAUAUUUCAUAUUGCACUUAAAGCCCACUGUUGUAGGUGGUAGUAGGUAGGAUGAUAAAUUAAAUAUAGGCUACACUAGUUAUGUAUAAAAUGUACACGAAAUUAACAACUAUGUAAAAUAUGUAGUCUACAGAUAAUUUGGUUAGAUUUCUAUCAUUUUGAUAAAUUUAAGACAGUGGAAUCUAUUCAAAAUUGAUACCUCUUUCACACUCCAACCCCCAUUACUAUUCAAUAGUUUUCUCAACGAGACUACUUUUUGUUUUACGGUACGAACAUGAUCAACUAUUUUGCCACAUGGCCAGCCGAUGCGUGUAACCUACGACUUACUUCUAUCUUUUUAUCUCCUAAGACUGAUCCUAAUUAUAAGAAUGCACACAAAUAUACAUAGAUGGGAAUAAUAAAACAAAACAUGUUUUAUUUGGAUUUGAGUAAUCUAGUCUAUGUGUACAAGUAAUUAUAAAUUGAUAUCUCUACUGUUCACCAUCAAUCAACGUAUUUCAAUUGCUAUACACUUUUGGAAUGUUGUCAUUUCUAACCAAUAUGAGUUUUAGCAUUUUUAACAUGAUUAUAAUUUAAUUAUGUCUUUUAAUUGUUAAGAAUUUUAAUUAAAAUAAAAUUCCCAAAAUAACAAACAUUUGUUUUUAUAUAUAUAUAAAUAUAUAUAAAAAAAAUUAUAAUAAUUAACAAAAAAAAAAAACAAACUUAUUUUGAAUAUAAAACUGAUUCCUCUCAAAGGAAAAAUUAUCAAAUUCCACCAGACUGUACGUACAAAUAAAUAAUAACAAACAAAAUAAAUAAAAUCACCAUAACAAAAGAAGAGCCAUAAUGGUUAGACAAUUAAUAAAUAAUCUUAGGUAACAAAUUUCAUAAUAAAUGCAAUUCAAUAAUAAUAACUAAGCUAAUGAUAUUAUUUUAUGGUUUUUUUCUUUUUUUAUGUACUCUAUAACUAAAUCAGCCUAUUUUUUUUCUAAACAAAAUACCCAAACAUUUUGCAAAACGCACAUUUUUUCUUAUAAUCUGUUAAUUGGUAUGUAAAAUAAAUAAUUUUUAUAAAAAAAUAUUGCAAUUAUGUUUUAAUUUAUUUUCUUCACCGCUGAAUACUCUUGCUGCAUUUGUUGUUGUUUAUUUGUAACAGUCAUUGGUUGGUCACCUGAGUCUUGGUUACUAACUAUUUCUACACCUUCAGUCUCCAAAAUAACUAAAAACAUUAAUACA